AAACAUUCACUCAAUUGUACAUUAGCACGAGUGCUGCUGCCUUACUAACAACACCACACAACUAAAUAAAGAACCGCAAGUGUUUUUUUUUUUCUAUCUUGAUGUUGGUCACAGGCUGAAGAGAGAGUGGUGGGGAAAAAAAAGACAGAGGUUCUCUCAGGUGAUCCACUAUUCAUGAAAUAAUCUUGGCUUUACCCGCGUUGUGAGUUUCACCACUUCCCCACCCCCCCGAGUGGGACUCCAGGUGCUUAACCUCCCUCCUGCCAGUUCUGCAUGGUCAUGACCUGUCAUCACGCCCCUUCCACAGCCCACCUCAUCCUAUUGGUCCUGCUCAUUGUCACUCCACAGCUGGCUGGCGCCGCCCCUGUGCGGGGUGAGGAAGGGGAGGGAGGGGUGGAGGGGCACACCCGGACAGACCGUAAGGAGGACAGCGUUGCCCCCUUUCUCUCGCCCCUGCCCCAGAGCCCCUCCGGCCCCGACGACGCGUCCCUAGACCGGGGCCGGGGUCAAGAUAAGCGGUCAGAUAAAGCGACAGAUCCAGCGGUGCAGGUGCUCGCCGUCCUCCUGGAGGCCCUGGACCACCCGGGAGAGGGUGGUGAGAUCCAGGCGAGCAAGGACAGAGACUGGGGAGAGGAUCAGACUCAGGAGCUGCCCUCCGUCAGAGGGUUGGGGGGUGGUGAGAUAAGGAGAACGGGGCAGACAGAGGGAGAGAGGGGGGUGGAGGAGGAGAGGGAAGGGCGAAGGGCUGAUAAGGCUAUUGAACAGCUAAUUGUGGGCCAUUUGACAGCUGCUCAGGGUGAUGACUUAAAGGAAAGGGAGGAGGAGAAUAAAAACACAAGGUCAGAGGAAGAUCCAGGGUGGUCUGUGGAGGAUGUGGGACCUGAUAGUGUAAGUGAGGAGGGAGGAAAAGAAGAAGAGGAGGGGCAGGAGGAGGACGGAAAGGAUUUAGAAAGUUUCUUAGACGACGCCAGACUACGUUCCACGUCACAGGGAGAUGAUCCCUCUCUGCAGCGCAAAAUAAGAGGCUACUUCCAAAACAUUGACUUGGGUCUCCAAGAUAAUGAGAUCCUGCCUCCACUGAAGGGCUACAAGGCGUACAACACUCAGCUAGCGCGAGCCGGGAAGAAGCUGCACUGGCAGGACAACCAGUCCCGCAAUCGACCCAUCAAAGGGGGCAACUUCAUGGAUGACUUUGAGGAUGAAGGAGAGGAGCUGGAGGAGGAGGUUGAGGAGGAGGAGGAGAGUCUCUCCCACAUGGAAGAGGAGGCGAGAGCGCGUGCAGAGAAGCAAGAGGUGCUCCGGCAGCAGGAGGAGGCGGAGCGAGCCAGGGAGGAGGAGCAGAGGCUGGCAGACAUCGCCUCCGACAUGCUGCUGCAGUACAUGGGGAGGAAGCAGCAAUCCUACAUGAAGCCCCGGCAGAAAAGCAGCAUGGGUGCAGCUGGAAACACCGCCGAGGACAAGCGCUCUGAGGAGGUGCUCCCUGAUGAAGACGACCUGGACCAGCAGAUGAUCGACAGGCUCAUCGAGAUCAGCAGCAAGCUUCACCUGCCUGCCGACGAUGUGAUUGAGAUUAUUAGCGAUGUGGAGGAGAAGAAGAAGAAAAGGAAAGAGCUGCAACAGCAGCCAACCAACAGUAACCCUGUUGCCCCGCGCUUCAGGCCUCUGGUACCUCCUCCUCUGGCUGCUCCGCCUAUCUACCACUACACAGCCUCAAAAAACCCCAAGAAAGCCCCUUAUAAGUACAACAAGUCCAACAAGAAAUGGCACAAGGACAAAGUCAAGUCAUACAAGCAGGACUAUUGGUAUAAGCCUCAGAAGCAGCUUGACUACUGGUACAAACCCCAGAAACAGUUUUUAGCCUUCCCUUCCUACCCAUACUACCAGAAGCCAUACCGAGCAUACUACCCUGUUUAUUUCCCAUAUCCCAAACCACAAUAUUAUGGCAAGCCCUCCCCCUCCAGAGACCAGCCAUUCGGCCCCCAGGAACUUGACCUCCAGGCCCCAAGGCGCAGGCACAGGGCCGGGGGUAAGAACCGUGGACAGGGCUGGAGGCAGCAGUCGGCGCCGCGCCUGCCUCUCACCCCUUAUAUCUCUAACUAUAUCCUUCCUCACCCACGGACCUACCAACCCCUACCUCCCCCAAAACCAAUAACCACACCCAGGAGAGGCAGGCGACCCACGUACUACUACCCACAAAUCACACCGGGAGAUGACUAUGAGGAAGAUGGGCUGGUGCCCCAGCUGGACAGUGAGGAGGAACUGGAAAACUUUAUUGAGAGGAUCUACAUGAAGCGCAGAAUGUAUUGAGAGACUUUUUGGGACAUUUGUCAGAUCAGAGGGACUGCAAGAGGUGGGAUAGAUAUACAGUAGCUGGAGAAAAGCUAAAAGAGAGGUGAAAAAAAAGACUCAGAGGAGAUAUGUGUUUUGAGCCUGAUGGGAAUUUAAGGGUCAAGAAGUAAAAAGUUAGAUUUAUGUUGUUUAAAUCACUGUAUUUUUUUGUUGAUUUUCUCGGUCAGGGAGUGGAUGGAGGGGUCCCAGUUUAAGCUCCCUGUAACCAUGUUCAGCCUCUUGCUCAGUUUACAUUUUGAAACAGAACAUACCAUGGUGUAUGUCUGCCUCCAUUCAGGUCGAUCUCUGAUGCUCUUGUAUUAUUCAGAGAUUUAUAGAGGACACACACACAUACACACAUACACACAAACACACACACACACAAACACAGGCACGCACAUACAUCAACAUGCCCACAUACAGUAUAAUCACAUUUUUGACACGUUCACAAGCAGAUGUGCCCAUUGUAAGAGAACCAUGUUUACAACAUCACUUUGUAUCUUUUGUUUUAUAUUCUGUAUGUCAUAUUACAAAACUAAAGUAGUUCGAUUACUUCUUAUCUACACAAGUCUAAAAAAAAGAAAAACUGAACACUGCUAUUGUCAAAUCUUGACAGUAUAUUUUUUGUUGUAUUUGACGUGUGUGUUUGCCUUUCUUAUUCCCGAUUGGAUCAACUUUAAACAGCUGCAAUUUGUGAAGGUGCCAAAUACACACAUUUCAGUUUUUUCAAACUCAAGAUUCAGAUUUUUGCCUUACAAGCACCAUGGUUCUAUAAGGGAAAUAUCAUAAUGCAUAAUAUUAUCAUCACAGUCGGUCCCAAUGUAGAAACCCUGUGGACUCCAAAAGCACAAACUUAAACACUAAACACUUCCAACCUGGUGGACUAAGGGUUUUCAGUCAUUUUGGGAUCCAGAAGUUAUUGUGUCAACACAUUUAUGGCAGAUCCACCAUCACCACCGCCACCACACAGUACUCCUUGACCUUAGAGGAGUUAUUCUAUAUAUAUAUAUAUAUAUAUAUAUAUAUAUAUAUAUACUUUUUCAUUUUUUCUCAUUGUUCAUGUCCAGUUCCCAUCUUACUUGCACACUUUUUUGAGUCUUCACACAUUGUUACUUUGCCUUUUUUUUCUUGUAUCAUAUCCAUGAUCUCAUUAUUUUCCCUUUCUUUCCAAAAAAGGGGGGGAAAAAAGAAGAAAAAAAAAAUACUUGAAAUCACACUAUCUGUUCUGCAGCCUUUUAAACAGAUCUCCACCAAGAGGCUACAAACAUUCUGUUCAUUUUCAGAAGAAAAUUCAUUGAAAAGUUUCAGGCCGGGGAGUCAGGGAUUGUGCUUAAACCGUUAAAUGCACGUCUUUCUACUUGCAUCUUAAAAAAUGAACAAAAAAAAAAGAACAAAAAAAGAGAAAAAAUAAAACAGUAUGGAGAAUUCAAGAUGGUUGUUUUCUCUGAAUAAACUGUGAACAUAAAAAAAAGAAAUCUCAAAGGAAGAGGGCCACUGUGUCCACAGUGAAGCCAUCUGUCUUGUAAAAGGAGAGUGUUGUUGUUGAUGUCACCUUUAGCAUUGUAAGAUGUACAGUGUGAAAUAAAUAUGCCCGUGCAAUGUGUAAAUAACAGCAUGAUGAUUACUAGUUUUGCUAUAUGAUAAAAAAUAAAAGCAAUUAUUUUAUUAAA